AUGGAUACCGAACAAGAGCAAUUGAUUGAUCAAUUCAUAAAUGUGACUGGCUCGUCGCGGAACCUUGCAGAGCAGUAUCUUCUGCGUAACAAAAAUGACAUCAUGAAUGCCAUUGAGGAUUAUUAUGCUUCAAAUGACAAGUCUCUGAAUCGUCAAACUUCUGGAAUUAACACCCUUUCUAGUUUGAGAAAAGAUGAUGAAGAUGAUAAGACAGAUACAAACUUCUUUACUGGCGGUGAGAAGUCUGCUCUUCAAGUGGAAGAUCCCAACAAAGAUAAGAAAAAACUGGAAAAGUCCCUUAUAGAACAAAUCUUUCAAAGAGCUCGCGAUCAAAUGGAACAGCCAGAUGAUCGUCCUUCCGCUCAAGACGAUGACGAGGACAAUUCACGUCCCGGGAGAUCAUUCGAAGGCACUGGAUUCAAAUUGGGUGAUGGUUUGACUCCAUCUCAGCCAAUUGAGUCUGCCUCUUCUCACAUACAGCCCAAGCGUGAAAAGAAAGUGUCAAGAGAAAUUACGUUUUGGCGCCAGGGAUUCACUGUGGGUGACGGUCCCUUGAACCGGUAUGACGAUCCUAAUAACGAGGAGGUGCUUCAGGAACUCAAUCGUGGCCGGGUGCCAAUUGCCAUACUUGAUGUUGAGUUUGGUCAGGAUGUUGAUGUGAGCGUAUUCAAGAAAACUGACGAAGAUUGGACCCCUCCUAAACGAAAGGUUGGUGGCUUCCAUGGCCUGGGACACCGUUUAGGCUCCCCUGUACCAGGAGAAUCACCAGUGGCUACAGAACAGAAUCCAGAACCACAGGCGGCUUCUGUAGACGCAUCUAAACCUAAAGACGAAGGAGAGGGCGAUUCCGUCGUACAGAUCCGGUUUGCCAAUGGAAAGAGAGUAUCACAUAAGUUCAAUUCAUCCGAUACCAUAGCUACAAUCUACCGGUUUGUUCGUGAACACCCCAACACAGAGACGGCAAGACCAUUCGUAUUGUCGCAUUCAUUUCCAGUGAAACCUAUUCCAGAAUCCGAUGAGACUACUGUUGCCGAGGCCAAGCUUAAGAAUGCAGUUAUAGUCCAGAGAUGGAGCUAA